AUGACUUCUCUGUGGCUGGUGCUGUUGGAAAGCCUGUCUACUUUUGUCCUGGGAGUCUUCGUAUGGGCUGUCGUUCAGCACUUUCUCAAUGUGGAAAUCCCCUCUGCCUUGCAGCAUUCAGUCAAGUUCAGGGUUAUUCAUUGUCUGGCACUGUUUGUGCUCACACUGGGGGAUAUACUAGAGAAGCUGAGAAUUUGCUCCAUGCCCAGAUUUGUCCAGUUUCUUCAUGAUAGUUUGGUCAUAAAGAAGGACUCUGCCUUGGUGGUGACCAACAUGCAUUUUGGGACAAUCCCUGUGAGGCUGUUCCAGCCCAAGGCAGUGUCCUCCAAGCUCCAGCGAGGUAUCAUCUUCUACCACGGAGGAGGCACCCUGUUUGGUAGCCUGAACAGUUACCAUGGCAUAGGCAGCUUCCUGGCCCACAAGACAAACUCAGUGGUACUGAUGGUGGGGUACUGCAAGCUUCCUGACUACCAUCACCCUGCCCUUGCCAAAGAUUGCCUGAAUGCUUCCAUCUACUUCCUGAAGAACCUGGAAUCCUUUGGGGUGGACCCAUCCCAGGUGGUUCUCUGUGGAGAGAGUAUUGGAGGUUGGGCAGUGGCCAAUGUCAUGCAGAUCUUACCCAGCAUUCCCAGUCUACCCCAGAUCCAAGCUCAAGUCCUGAUUCAACCACUUGUGAAUUUCAUCAAUUUUCAGUUACCAUCACAUCAGCAGAGCAAAAAUGUGCCAUUCCUCACUAGAGACCUGAUGUUUAUGUGUAUGUGUAAAUACCUGGCCAUUGACCUCUCUUGGAAAGAUGCCAUGUUGACAGGUGCUGUUAUACCACUGGACAAGUGGAAGAAAUAUAGGAAAUGGCUCAGCUAUGAUAACAUCCCCAGAAGGUUUUGGAGCCAAGAUCCACAACCAGAGUUUCUUGCACCUUUUAAUGAGACUGCCUAUCUAGAAACCAAACAUGUUUGGAGUGCAGAAAUUUCACCUGUCCUAGCAGAUGACAAGAUCAUUGCUCAGCUCCCCAAGACAUUUCUGGUGAGCUGUGAGAAUGACAUCCUCCGGGAUGAUGUCUUGCUCUACAAGAAGCGCUUGGAAGACCAGGGGGUCCCUGUGAGCUGGUACCAUGUGGAAGAUGGCUUUCAUGGAUGCUUAAUGUUGUUUGAUAAGAAGUGUUUAUCUUUCCUCUGCUCUGUGAAAGUUGUAAAUGCUGUUGUCAGUUACAUAAAGGACAUUUGAUAGUAAACUUGAGCUUUCUGCAUAGUGGGGCAAGGAAGACCUAUGCUUUGCCUGGGUCCUUUGCCUAGUUAUAUGUUUUUGGGGACAGAAGAUGCUGAUGCCAUCCAUGGUCCAGGAAGAAAUGAGGAUGUGGAAGCAAAGAACUCUUGGCUUCCUGCUCAACAAAGUCUAGUUUGUGUUCUAUUCCUACACCACCAGUAUCAUGUGUUGGAUCCAGGCACACUCUCUAUUCUUUCAUCAGGUAAAAGACCUAUUGUAUUAAUAAAAAAUGCCCUUAAAAAUUUAAAGUUUACCCAGGUCUAUGCAACUUAUAG